CAAGUAUGUGUAGUCAGUUUGCAGCUCAGUAUCUGGCAGCUGUAACUCUAUACACUUCUCCUCAAAGCCACACUUGUCUCACAGCCAGGAUGUGGUUGUAUCUUGUGCUCCUGGGGUGUUUGAGGGUGUGUGAAAGUUACCCCGGUGGUAAGGUUUCUUCCAGUUGUGAUAACAUGCUUCCUUCUCAUGGAACCGUGGCUCAGACCAGUGCAGCGCCGUACACUGUUACAGUGGACAGCAGCACCUAUAAAGAAGGAGACACCAUCACAGUGACUCUGAGUGCAACCUCAGGGAGUUUUAAAGGGUUUCUACUGGAAGCGAGGCUGGUGGGAGGGAACAGCGCCAUCGGUUCCUUCAGUGUGGUGAACUCUAACUCCCAGGUCCUGACCUGCUCUGGACUGUCUAACUCCGCUGUCUCCCAAACGUCCAGCACCUCAAAAUCGCAAAUCCAGAGUAAAUGGAAAGCACCAACAUCUGGCAACCUCAACAACAUUGAGUUCAGAGUCACAUUUGUCCGUGAUUUCUCCACCUUUUGGGUGGGAGUGAAGAGCGCACAGAUCACCUACAAUGGCACAGUGACUGGUACCAUUUCCACUUCAGUCACCUCCACCUCCUCCAGCAUCUCCAGCGCAGGCUGUGGGAGCAGUAAGACGUGUUUAAACCAGCCGACUGACUGCGACCCUUCCACCAACUCCAACUGCUACUUCAUGUCUGCCACACCCUUGUCCUCAGGGUCAGAAUUCAAGUUCGAGAUCUCCGGCCGUGCGGAAGGCUACGUCUCCAUCGGCUUCUCAGAUGACACAGAGAUGGGGAAUGACGACAUCUACAUAUGUAUGAAGGACACAAAUGAUAUGAUCCAGUUACAGCACGCAUUCUCAACAGGAACUACAACACCAACAACCAUCGCCCUGGGGAAUGUGACAGUGCUUAGUACAUCACAGAAUAACGGCGUGAUCAGCUGCUCCUUCACAUCCAGGAACCCCAUCAGCACCACCAGGAGCUCCACACCAUCCAACAGCUACUACAUCUUCCUCGCCAGCGGUGCCACCAGAAAUGGUGUGAUCCAGAAGCACACCACUACACCCUUAAUUAGCAGCACUAAGGUGGACAUCACCAAUCCUCAGAUACUGGAAAGUCAAUCACAGCUACCUCCCAUCGUUAAAGCUCACGGUUGCCUGAUGCUGAUUGCCUGGAUGACCACGGGCAGUAUGGGAAUGCUCAUCGCACGCUUCCUAAAGAAAGCUGCCCCUGGACAGAGGUUCUGCGGGAAAGACUUCUGGUUUGUGGCUCAUGUUUUGCUGAUGGUUCUCUCAGUUGCAGCGACCAUCAUCGCCUUUAUCCUGAUAUUUUCAUACGAACAAGAGUGGAGUGGGGGAGCUCAUCCAGUCUUGGGCUGUUUGGUGAUGAUCCUCAGCCUCGCUCAGCCAAUCGGCGCCAUGUUCCGCUGCUCACCACAGGACGAGAGGAGGUUUAUCUUUAACUGGGCUCAUGCCAUCAACGCAUUAGCCAUUAAAGGGUUAGCAGUGGCAGCGAUCUUCACCGGUUUGCUGAUCGCCGACAGCUCGGACUCUCAGUGGAUGCCGAAGGUGAUGGGCGGAUUCGUAGCCUGGGAAGCGCUGCUCUUCCUCUGCCAAGAUUUAUACCACAAAUACAGCCAAAAAGAUAUGGACGAAUGUGAUGUUGAUGGGGUGGGUACAGGAGUGCUUCUGCUGAUGUUGUUCUUCACGGGAAACCUGGCAUUCCUGGUGGCUCUGCUUGUCGGAAUUGGAAAAGCAUAAUUAUGGAAACAAUGUCCACAAAUCUGAACCACGUUUUUUUUUUUUUAAACUGAAACUCAGGAUUUCUGUUUUUUAAUCAGGUAUAUAAGGACACAAACAUUUUUGGGUUCAUUUGCUUUCACACUCGUCAUGAUCUUUCAGUAAUAUAUUCAGAAACUGUAUGAAACAUGUUUUUGUUUGUUAAAAUCAAAUUUAUUUGCCAGAUUUCAUUUCCCAAGCAAGACUCCACUGGUGGUGUGAUGAAGCAGAGUUCCUGUUACCACCUCAAAUUUGUUUAUUUUCCUUUAACAGCAUGUCAAAGUGUUUUAUUCCUCUUAUACCGCUGCAACUUGCCAACAAUUACAAUUUCUUAUUUAUUAAGAAAAAGUCAUAUUUUAUUCAUUUAUAAUUUAUGGUUGCAUUUAACAUUCAUGAAACAAGUUAGUUCCUGUUUUCACUUACGUUAUAGCAGCUAUAAAUAGCCAUUCCCUCACCAGCCUCUCUUUCUUCUCUCUCUUGAAGAAGAUUAAAAAAUAAUGCAGCUUGAUGAGAGAACUGACUGGAAAAGGAGUGUGUGUUACGCAUAAUGCUUGAAUGAAAAUAUUUGCAAACAUUCAAACUGAUAUUGAUAUUUUUUACACAUACACUGCUUUAUCUUUGUAAUAAUGAAAGCGCAUCUGUGAAACCAAACAAACCAAAUAUGUAGUUCUGUCUUUAUUUUCUCCUGAGGGUGUACAAACUUUUGCCUCCAACUCUAUGUAUUCUAUGGAAUAGAUCUCUGUAUAUUUAUAGGAUGUUUACUGUAUUUCUGUAUGCUGCCUAACAACUCCUACAUCCACAGAUAUUAUUGAUGUAACUGUAUCCUGUCAACCUGAUUAUUAUUAUUAAUAUUAUUUUUUGAAUAUAAUAAAAUCAAAUCUGACCUUUU